AUGUACGCUAAAACUCUCUCUGCUAUUGCUGUUAUCUCGGCCGCUGCUGUUGCUGCCCAGGAUCCUCCUAAGGUGAACACGCCCGCCUUUGUGGCACAGUGCAAGCCCGUUAAGCUCACGUGGCAGGGUGGUGAGGCUCCUUACCACCUGUACGUUACGGCCCCUGGCAAUAUCAAGGAGGUGAAGGCCGACCUUGGUGACCAGAAGGGUACGUCGAUGACCUGGAAGGUCACGGUUCCUGAGGGUGAGAAGUUCACGCUUAACCUCUGUGACAAGUCGGGUCAGUGCCAACAAUCGGGUCAGGCCGGCCCUGUCGGUAGCGGUGACGACUCCUGCUUGAAGGGCGGUGACGACAAGGGCUCGAAGUCCGGUGGCUCUGGUGGUGCCGCUGCUGGUGGCGGCGGUAACUCGAAGUCGGAUGACGACUCGGGCAAGUCUAAGUCGGACGACUCGAACAAGUCGAAGUCGGCUGGUGGCAGCUCGAAGUCGUCUGACUCCAAGUCGUCGUCGUCGAGCAGCUCCUCGAAGUCGUCUGGAUCGCCUUCGUCUUCGUCGUCUGGCGGUAACAAGUCGUCGUCGGGCUCGAGCAGCCAGCCCUCUAGCAGCUCCUCGGGUGCCGCCGGUGGCGAUGGCAAGGACUCGGAGAAGAACGGUGAUGACAAGAACUCGGACUCGAAGGACGGCGAGGACGACAAGGGUGGCAAUGAUGGUGCUGCUACCUUCAGCGGUGUGCCUGCCGUGGUCGCCGGUGUUGUUGGCAUUGCCAUUGCCGCCUUGAUCUAA